AUGUCACACAUCAGUUCAAGCGCUGAAGCAGAUAAUUGUGCUGCUGAACAGGCCAAUACUGCAUGUAUUGGGUGCCGACUUAGACGGAAGAAGUGUGACAAGCAGAGCCCUUGCUCCACUUGUAAAGAGCUGCAAAUCCCCAAGGAGCUGUGUAUUUAUAGGAGGAUAGGACUGGUGUCGAAGGACUCGAACGCAACUUAUGUGAAAGAGGUGCAGAGGAACAGAGAGCUGAAAGAUGAGGUGUCUAGGCUCAAGUCCAUCGUCAACUACAACAACACCGCCACACAAAAGGAGUACUUCUUUUCAAAUAACAACGAUAAGGUGAGACAUAUCCUGUUGAAUCCCCAGAAGAACCCGUUGCUGUGUACCGUGAUGUCCUCUCAGCAGUCGUUAGCAUACCUGGGCUCGAUCUCGGUUGCUGCUGUUACACAGUCAGAGCCUAGGAUGAAGAUGAUGCUGCAGAAUAUCCACACUGUGAUUAUGAAUGCAAAAAUCAAGCUCGAGAAACAAGUCCCUGUGACCUUGUCGAACUCUCCGAUGCUAGAGAUAUUCAAUGCCGAAUGUCAAUCGCAGUACUUGGCCAUGGGCCACCAAAAUGACUCUACGAUUAUCAACUUGAUUGGAGAGAUUGAGACGAUGUUUCCCACGUUUGAUACCUUUACUCAUGCAAUGGUGAGUAUCUUUAGAACCACAACCGAUAGAUGGAUUCUAAUUCCAUACGCUGAUGAGGCAACCUUUUAUAAAAGGUUUUAUUCAAUAGCCUCUUUUGACCCCAUGGGUAACGUUCAUUUCCACAUAGAUCUACAAAACUCACCAGGUGAUUUGAACUUCUUGGCAAUGACAAUGUCCAUGCUUUGCAUAUGUGCCUUUGCAUAUCAACAGACAAAGUUCCCCAUCGGACUUGACUACAUGUUAUACUCAAAGUAUGUCAAUGCAUUACUAAGGAUUGAUGGCCAAAACAUUAAGUUUACAGAAGUUGAUGUUACAUAUGAGAGAGUGUUCACACUGUACCUGCUAUCCUUACUUGAGACAUACACCACUUCUGGUGGAUUCUUGAAUUCAUUUGAAGAAAUAUGCGAGGGAAUCUUUAAAAUGAGAAAUUUGAUAACGAUGGCCAUCUCAAUACACUUGCAUGAAGAUUUGGAUAAGUGGUACCCACAGACUUCACCAGGCGAAAAGCGAAUGAUGAAGACCUUGUGGUAUUGUUUAGUACUUUUUGAAACCUUUGAAUCGAUAGACUUAGGUUUCAUAUCCAAAAUCGAACCUUCUACACUCAAAAGAUAUGAUAGUUGCUGUAACCCAUUGACAGAAGGAAUUCACAUGUUGAAUGGUGUUAUGUUUAGCUACAACAUGAUAGAUGAUGGUCCCCUGGAGCAAUUCAUAGAUUUUGUCGAAACCGAGUUGAUUAGAAGAUUGAAAAACCAUUUGAAGGACGAAUUCGGCCCUGCAUACAUUGACAUGCAAAAGUUCCAGCAAUUUGAUUUGGAUGAUUUAAGCGAAGAGAAUUUAAGUGCGUACAGUCUCAUCUUGCAAAGACUUGCAAUGAGAUUCCUCAUAUUGGGUGUUAUACUCACGCUUUAUCACAUUUGUCAUAAAAGAUUGGAACAAGUUGGUGACACCCAUACUGACCAUAGCCGCAGGCUGAAGUUAUUAGGCUGGAAGUACUCAUUAACCAUUGAAAAUUUACUCAAAGAAAUGUGGAUAGGUUACAGUCGAAUCGGAAAGCAUCCAGCGUUUUACAGAUUUUACCCAACAACAUCUCUUAUUAUGAUGGCUCCAAUUCUGAGAUUUUCACAGAGACGUGUCACGCUAUUUACAAUAGCUAAGUUGUUAAACACUAUGAACGUUGACGAGAACCUAAUAGCAAAUCACAUUCUAUAUGGCGAUAACAGAGGAAUUACUGCUCUUCUGAAGGAUUUGAAAGAGAAAGGACAGGCUCCAAAUUUGUUCUCACUUGAGCAGUUGGAGAAUAUGGAUGUUGAUAAUAACUUUGAGCAGCUCUUGGAAAAUUUUGGAUCUUUGGAAAAUGUACACACCAUCGUCUUAAACAUAGCAAUUACAACGUUGGAUAUCCUACAGUCAAUGCAGUCAAAGCUUACAAGUUUCAACUUUCUAAAACUGAGCAAAAUCUUUCAUGUUGUUCUCUUAAAGCUUUGCGGGUUUCUUCUUCAUAAUACAUCCUUGAAAAUUGAGCAUCAGGAUUUUGAUUUCAAGGAGUUCUUCAAUACUGGCGAUGUAACAGAUGAUGAUCUCCUGGAAGUCUUCAAGAUGACAGCCCAGAGCAAGUUUUGGUGA